CGACCACACAACUGUCCCACUUGCAAACUUCAUAUAUAAAGCCUACCCCUCUUGGAGCCCAAGUCCCGGAGUAAUAACAUCAACUUCCAGAUCAUCAAAUAAUCACAAAUACGGCAUUUUAACCAGAGAAAUCUGUCAAUAUGCCGAAGAAUAAGGGAAAAGGUGGCAAGAACCGUCGUCGUGGAAAGAACGAAAACGACAAUGAGAAGCGUGAGCUCACAUUCAAGGAGGAGGGUCAAGAAUACGCCCAAGUCUUGAAGAUGUUGGGUAACGGCCGUCUCGAGGCUCUCUGCUUCGACGGCACGAAGCGCCUCGCACAUAUCCGUGGCAAGCUUCGCAAGAAGGUCUGGAUCAACCAGGGAGACAUCAUCCUGCUGUCGCUCCGUGACUACCAAGACGAGAAGGGAGACGUUAUCCUCAAGUACUCCGCCGACGAGGCCCGUUCUCUGAAGGCCUACGGCGAGCUGCCCGAGAGCGCCAAGAUCAACGAGACCGACACCUACGGUCAAGAAGGCGAGGGUGACUGCAACUUCGAGUUCGACGAGGACAGGAGUGACAGCGAGGAGAGCGAGGCCGGCGCCGGCGCAAAGGAUAUCGAGAUCGACGACAUCUAGACAAGUCUGGCACGCGCUGCGGCCAAGUGUGUGGUGUGGACUGUCUUCUCUCAAACGAUUCUAUAAUGGAAAACGAACUCGACAGUUUAUCUCUUUUGUUACUAUUGCCAGAUGACCUGGGCGCAGUGGGAGAGACGCUGUGGUCCUCGUCAUCCGUGCCCUUCACUUCUGGUGCGACGUAGAGAGGAAACGUUAUAAGUGUUGUGGGUUCGCAUUGUAUGUAUGGUUAGCCUUGUGCGGGGGAUAUCGCGAUUAGCGCUGCUCUCCGUGUACUGCAUCUUAGCAUAGACUACGACGAAACACAUGACCCAUGCAAACCUGAAGUUUUUGAAUUGUGCUUUUAAUUAAUGUGUCUCUAUGCGAAUCUCAGCCAGCGCAUGUUGUUACGCUCUACCUGAGUCGGGAGGGAGACUGACACCCAAGACGCCAACAAACAAA